AUGUUGCCACCGCAGAGACGGAACGGACUCCACCACAAGAGCGAUGGACCUCACUGCGUCCCAACAGCAGCAUCGCAAAAGUCGUCACGGCAGUGCUCGCCGGUGUCUUCCCGAGAAUCGACGAGUGGUGAGUCCCUAUUCAGUACCAGCUAUUCUAACACUAGUCAGGCACACGCUGUGGACCCUAUUAGCAUGUUUAGUGCUUUUAAGGAGGUUUUUAAAACCCAGUGCGUCGCGGAUGUAAGGAAAUAUAACGGAAAAAAUUCCUUAAGCGAGUUUCUUCGGGCAAUAGAAGUGAAAUUUCCCGCCACGUUGUGGAAAGACUCGGAUAGACGCGACUUGCUAGUGAACCACUUAGAGGGGACGGCUCUGUCACUCUAUAAGGGUUUCUCAGAUAUAGUCAAGCAAGGGACCUUCAACGGUGUCGUUGAAGCGCUCAAGGCAGCGCGUAAAAAUCCCUGUGAUCGACUGAGGGAUAUCAAAGAAUGGGAGAGUCUCUCCAAGAAAAACGGCGAAUCUGUCGUAGAUUUUUGUUGCCGCAUGGAAGAUCUGUCUCGAAAAAUACACCCGAGCAGCGAGUGGGAUUUUAUAAGAGGGUCCAAGUUGUACUCCUGUUUUCAACACUGGCAAAAUUCAUAUUACAUGAUGGCGGCAUUGGAUGCGCCAGAGGGACGAGUCUACGAAGAGGUGAAGAGAGUUGCCAUGCGGCUGGAAAAGCUGCAAAAAAGGGGGUUUGAUCGACAAGGUAGCGACCCUCAAAAGACUCCCUCUUUUAAUACGACCAGUGAACAAGCAGGAACCCUAGCCAAGUCCAUACCCAAAUGCAACUUUUGUGGAAAAAGGGGACAUCUGGCAGCGGACUGCAGAAAAAGGGAGAAACCCUCGAACCACAAGUAUCGUGAGAACGGUCACAACCGCAACUAUAACGAUACGCGAAACAACGCAGCUGGAGGUAGCUCGCUUGUAACGGAGUUAGACAGGUGGUGUAAAACUGUCCAAAGAAAAGGGGAAGACCCAAAACUCCAGUCAGGCGCUGUAGGUAAACCAAGCACUUGUGAAGUGGAAAUUUUCGGUAUUACAGCAAAAGCGCUCGUAGACACAGGCUCUGUGAUUUCGAUUAUCCCUGUUGGGCUCCUCAAGAGAGUGCGCGAACAAGGCGUUGAUCUUGAUGCUAAGGCACACAUCGUAGGCGAUGGGAAACAACGUAGACUUUUCGAUGCGUCGGGGAAUGCGAUGAGCUUCCUUUCGGAAAUAACAACAGAAGUAAUGGUCAUAGGAGCUAGCACGGCCUGCGUGCAUAUGCACGUGCAGCAAAGUAACGACGAUACGUUGUUAUUAGGUACUAAUGCUUUAGAGGUUCUGGGGAUUUCUCUGAAACUGACCCCAAAUGUACACGCAACGCGGAAUGGCUUUGCAAAUCACCCGUGUUCUCAUGCUGCGUACUCAGACAGGAGGGUAGUAGUCGGGCCAGGUAAAGUAGCCACAGUAAAAAUUUCUGGUGGAUUUAGCAAGGGAGCUUGCAUAUUUUGGUCCAAAAAUCCUCGUAUAGAGUCUGGUGUAUGCCAGGUAGAUGAAGGCAAAGCUGAACUGUCAGUCAUUAAUAAAGGUUCAGAACCCUGGGUAAUAGGCCGAGGAGAGGACCUAGGGAGGUGGUCAACGGAAACUUGGGUUGACCCCAGAAUAGCCGAUGUCCCGAGCGAUAUGAUGAACCUACGUCAGCCCACUGCGUUACAGGAUGCUGAAAGGAUCCAUGUACUUUUGGACAUAUUGAAUAAAAAUCGAAAAGCUGGGAACUUACCCGAUGAAAUGCGU